AUGUCGCACACUUUGCAUGGGCCGAUGACUCUCUCGGAUGUGAGGACCUGGCAUGUGGAUAUCGAUCGGUUUAUCAACCCUUGGGUUCCAGCGCCUAGGUUGCACCUGUUACCCCGGCCGAUUUCCCAUUUUCUGGGGUAUCGGGACAGUGCACCACGACCGUUGGGCAAUGUAGUAAUCGCCUUUUGGUCGCUGGUCGGUGCAUUCUGCGGAGUGGCCCUGGUCGCUGAAGUAUCAGCGCGUAUCCCGUCAUUCGAAGUGCGAAACGCGCCGGCUGUAGUGGGAAGUUUUGGUGCUGCUGCCGUCAUCGAGUUCUGUGCGAUCGAGUCGCCAUUUGCACAACCCCGUAAUGCCUUCUUCAGUCAGAUGUGGGCUUGUCUGAUGGGCAUUAGUAUCGCGAAGCUUUUUGCUCUGAGUCCCCAUGCCGAACAGUACACUUCGCUGGGCGGGGCUCUGGCCUGUGGCCUCACCACUGCUGCCAUGAUGUUGACUGGUACUGUGCACCCGCCGGCGGGUGCGACGGCCCUUCUAGCGGUGACCAACGAGCAGAUGGCGAACCUGGGAUGGUUCCUGUUCCCCAUUAUGAUGCUGGGGGUCGUGCUGAUGCAGGCGGUGGCCUUGAUCGUCAAUAAUAUCCAGCGACAAUAUCCCCUAUACUGGUGGACGUUACACCCUCUGUCUCGAAAGCAGAUCAAGGAUGAAGAGAAAGAGAACAUCCACCGGAAGGCUGGUUCGGAUAUCCCUAGCCACUAUGAGGAGAGUCUGACCGACGUUCCUCGGCGGAUUGUCCUUGAGCGAGGCGAGAUCUUUGUGCCUGAUGGGGUGUUCUUGUCGACAGAAGAGAAGGAGGUGCUGGAGAAGGUCAGUGAGAGAAUCUAA